UUUAGGUGGACGCCUAUGUGAUCCGUUGUUAUGGCGAUUGUCUUGUACGGGGGCCGUAGAAGGACAAUAGAGACGGUUUGUUUAUCGAUAUGUGGAAAAUGCGAGAGCCAAAUUACAAAGGAGGCCAAUUUAUUUAGGUCUGGCACCUGGUUAAGCGGGCUGGUGCGAUACUGACAUAUAUUUAAAAAAUUGCUCGAGGUGAAACCACAAUGAGUUUGGAUAAAGCGGAUCUGUGUGACUCAUUGUUAAACUGGCUUCAGACCUUUCAGGUUCCCAGCUGCAGCAGUAUGCAGGACCUCACCAGCGGUGUGGCCAUCGCACAAGUGCUGCAUAAGAUAGACCCAUUCUGGUUCAACGAGGCUUGGCUGGGCAGGAUCAAAGAGGAAAGUGCCACAAAUUGGCGUCUAAAGGUUAGCAACUUGAAGAAGAUUCUGCAGAGUAUACUGGAGUAUUACCAUGAUGUGCUGGGACAUCCUGUCUCAGAUGACCACCUCCCAGAUGUCGUCCUGAUUGGUGAAAUGGGAAAUGUGACUGAACUGGGCAAACUGGUGCAACUGGUGCUGGGAUGUGCAGUCAGCUGCGAGAAAAAGCAAGAACACAUUCAGCAGAUCAUGACCCUAAAGGAGUCGGUCCAGCAUGUGGUCAUGACAGCCAUCCAGGAACUUCUAACCAAAGAUGCGUCAGAACCAGGAAGCCCUGAAAGGUACCCGGACUUUGACUACCAGUCCAGAAAGUACUAUUUCCUUAGUGAAGAUGCCGAGGAUGACUUGAACCAGCGCUGCCGUGACCUGGAGCAUCAGCUGUCGGUGGUCCUGGAGGAGAAGACGGCGCUGCAGGCGGAAGUGCGGUUGAUGAGAGAGCAGCUGAGCCACAGUGCCCCCCUGUACGGCCCCGACGAGCCCAACAGCGUCAGUGGCAGGAAGCUGCUGCUGCUUCAGAGUCAGAUGGAGCAGCUGCGAGAGGAGAAUUUCAGGUUGGAGAAUUCCCGCGAAGAGAUGCGAGCCCGCGGGGACCUUCUGGAACGCGAGCUGCAGGAUGUGCAGCGCCGCAAUGAGGAGCUGGCCAGGCUGGCCCAGGAAGCACAGAGCUUGAAGGACGAGAUGGACGUCCUAAGGCACUCGUCGGACCGCGCGGGCCGUCUGGAGGCAUUGGUGGAGUCGUAUCGGCGCAAACUGGAGGACCUGGGCGACCUGCGGCGGCAGGUGCGGCUGCUAGAGGAGCGUAAUGCGGCAUACAUGCGGCGCACGUGCGAGCUGGAGGAGGAGCAGCGCCGGAGCGGCGCAGUGCGGGGGCAGCUGGAUGCCUGCAGGCUGCAGGUACAGGAGCUCCAGGCCAAGCACUCGGCCGAGGCCCUGAAGGCGGAGAAGUGGCAGUUUGAGUUCAAGACCCUGCAGGACAAGUACGAGUCUCUGCUGAAGGAGAGGGAGCGCCUUGUCUCGGAACGGGACGCCUUGAGGGAGACCAGUGAGGAGCUGCGAUGCUCCCAGAUGCAGCAGACCUGCCUCAGCCAAGCAGGCGCCUCGCUCCGGGAGCCGGUGGGAAACCUGGCGGCAGAAAUGAUGCCCACGGAGUUCAGGGAAACACUGCUCCGGCUACAGGGGGAGAACAGGCAGCUGCGUGCCCAGGAGGAAGACUACCGGCAGCAGCUGCAGGAGCUGGGGGCCCUACUGGAGGCGUCACGGGGCAGCCAGGGUGCCAUAGAGGAGCAGGACAGGCUGAACCAGCUGCGCAUCUCGGAGCUGCAAUCCCAGCUGCAGCAGCUGCAGACGGCCCUGCAGGCAGGGGAGCGGCCGUCCCCGCAUUUGACUUUGCUGAGGAACAGACUGUCGGAGCCCCUGGAGAAGGUCCAUGAUACGCCUUCUGACCUUCAGAAGAAGAGGGAGUUCGACAGGCUGGAGCCCCGAGUGGACGCCAGCGUGGUGAGGAAGAUCGACGAGCUACAGGAAAUGCUGAGGAAGAAGGAUGAGGAGGUGAAGCGCAUGGAGCGGCAGUACAGACGUGUGACGGAGACGGCUCAGGCGGUGACUGAGAUACGGAACCCCAAGCCCCCAGCCGUGAUGGUUUCCCCCGAGCCGCGGACGCGCAACAGCCAGCUGCCCACGAAGAACCAGAAGAUCCACGGUCUCGAGCAUGACUUUCAGAAGGUCCGGCCCCAAUAUGACCAGGAGGAACGGAUCAUCAUCAAUGCCUGGUACAACAUGGGAAUGGCUCUGCAUCAGAAGGUGGCCAGCGAAUGGUCAGGUUCCACAGCUCAGGGUCAGUCCUUCCUGGCCCAGCAGAGGCAGUCUACCUACAGCAGGAGGGGCUUGACCUCCAGACUACAGGCUCGGCUGGAGGGAGAGAAGCCGGGGAAGGUGUGAGAGGAGAAGGUACGAGAAGGUGCAGAUCACUGCUGCCAAGAUCUCAAUUUGUGCACUUCUUUCUGAAACAAAUGUUUUUUUCUAUUUUGUGGAAGACUUUGGCUGCCCCCUUGUGGAUUUAUCUUGGAAUUGCACCACUUGACUGUUACAGGCUCUAACAGUGGUUAUGAACUCAAAAAGCAUGUGCCACACUGCCAAGUAUUUCCCGGGAUGGUACUCACUUCUUUAACAUACAAAAAUGGGAGCAUGUACAGAGGUGCUCCCUGCAUGUGUUCUUUCUUGUCAACUCUAUGGCGAUGCCGUCAGAUUUUAUAUACGAUCAUUUUAAAAUGUUAAGCUUUGGACAUUUGGGGAUUGUUACAUGUUGGUAUGGGCAGAUGUGUUUGUAUUGGUUUUGGAUCGUGUUUUUUUUAUUUUUUUCCUAUUCCAAGAUUUGUCCGUUAUCUAUGAAGUAAUGAAGGCAGGCCAUCUGUAUGAUUGAGGAGCAGAGAGUGGGAAAUGGCUAGGUGGUCUCUCUCAGCCUCUGGGCUGUGGUAAUGUACUGUAAGUGAUUAUAUAUAUAUAUAUACAUAUAUAUAUAUAGGUAUGAUGGAGAGUAAUGUAAUGAUGGAGAGCUUCUGACUAGGGUGGGGCAGCGGGUGUAGCUCUGAUCAUGUGAUAAAUCAUUGCCUGGCUAUUGGCUCCACCUUGAGGCAGCUGUCACUGUUUUCCCCGUCUUUUGUUUUAAACUAUGUCUGUCGUUCUGUGCUCUGCUGUGACAGUUUAAAGUUUUUAUGUUAUUUUAAUUACCGUGGAAGUGUCUGGAAUGUUUGUUUGCAGUGAGUGGAGCUUAUUUUUCCAAUCAUCAAACUACUCUUCCCACUUAGUAUUGCCGGAUAAAGAACACUGUUUUACUUUAGCAAUUUGAUUUUUCGAAUCGACUUUUACUGCUAAGCAAUUCAGUUCCUGUGACUGCAACCCAGUACGUUUUGGUUCCGGCACCCUUUUCUGCUGGGUUUUACUUCCUUUAAUGCACAAGGCCAAAAAGCGUGUGAUCUGUGAUUGGCGGCUUCUUGCUUUGAGGGGGGUCAGAGUCGAAUGCAGUGUAGAAUUUAUCGAUAUGCGAAGCUCUGAUCACAGCACAUCGCACAGUGGUUUGUGUCGGCUGUGGAAGGUGCUGCCUGACCCUGGCCGUUUGCUGACAUGGAUGGUGCUGUAUUGUAAUACGCAAUGCAACCUAAAAUGCCCUGUACCUCAUUUGCAUGGGACUGCAGUCCCUUUUAAACACUGGAUUUUAUUUUUUUUGAAACAUGGUAUUUUGGACCUUUGACAUCUGUAUUAGUGACUGUCUGAAGACUGUCAUGAUGUUUGAACUGAGCUACCUAGUAUGUGUUUUUCCCUUUUCUAGAAAUUUGGAGCCUGGUUUAGUUAAUUUAUCACUUGAACGCUAAAUGGAAGAGCUAGUGUAGAUAUGCUGUGUGCUGGAUGACACUUAGGGUUUUGCACUAAAAUAAAUCAGGAUCCUUGACUACCAA